CAAUGCUCAUUUUAGCUGAAAUCCAGCACUGCCUGGUUAAUGCUGGCGAUGUGGGAUGUGGAGUGUUUGAAUGCUUUGAAAACAAUUCUUGCGAGAUCCGAGGCUUACACGAGAUCUGCAUGACAUUCCUGCACAACGCUGGAAAAUUUGAUGCCCAGGGAAAAUCCUUCAUUAAAGACGCUCUGAAGUGUAAGGCUCAUGCCUUGAGACAUAAAUUCAGCUGCAUCAGCCGUAAGUGCCCUGCCAUUAAAGAGAUGGUGUUCCAGUUACAGCGGGAGUGCUACCUGAAGCAUGACCUCUGCUCCGCUGCCAAGGAGAACGUUCAGGUCAUUGUGGAGAUGAUUCACUUCAAAGACCUGCUGCAGCAUGAGCCGUAUGUUGACCUCGUGAAUAUCCUGCUCACCUGUGGCGAGGAGGUGAAAAGGGCAAUAACGAGAAGCGUCCAGGCCCAGUGCGAACAGAACUGGGGAAGUCUCUGCUCCAUCCUAAGCUUCUGCACCUCGGCUGUGCAUGGUGAUGCCAUCCUGGGUCCUGAGAAGAAGCCAGGUGAAGCCGGCAAAGCCGCUGCUGGCCGCGGGGACAUACUGGCCCACUCCGACUCCGACCACAGGGAGAGCUCGCGAGCAUCUAAGGGAGAGAGAGGUACUAAGGGCCACUUGAACGCCCAUGCCCGGGUGAAAGCUGGGGGCCAUGGUCCCAAAGGGGCACAUGGGAUCAUGGACCGGGCAGAUGAACUGUCCGACUUCUCUGACAUCCGGAGGUGAAAAAAGGCACCAACUCCCCGUUCCCCCCAUCCUCCCCCUCCACUGGAAAUCUCCUCCGUUGAGUCCCAUCUUCCCGUCUAUGGACAUUCCAAAGCAUUUCCCAUUCAGAGGUCAAGCACAGGGCAUUGCAAGAUAUAUAUGGACCUCAGCAACAGUGUAUAUAGUAGCAAAGGGAGAGCAGUGGCAAUGGGUUAUUGAUCCAGCAAACUCGACACUUGAGCAGCCACCAAACGUGGCAAAAUGUCUCUGACUAAAUUCUUUUCCCCUUUUUUAUGAAAAGGACAUCAGCUGAAAUUUAGGAUCUUGUUUGGGGGUUGUUGGGUUGUUUUGGGGGGUUGUUUUUUUUCUUGGUCCCCUUGGCUGGGGAGAAGGUUCCAAGAGGGCUUUGCCAGAUUGCAUGUGGCUGCUUGUGGCUUAGCACCUCUGAAGGUUUAGGGCGCAGCCUUAGAGCAGAUGGCUGAAUUCCAGGGGGAUUUGGUUUCUGCUUGUGGCUGAGAACGCAAGAGCUCAAGGCUGUCUAUGUGACACUCUCUAAUGAAAUAGCUACCCUGCCUCUCACACGGGAACUGUGCGGUCUGGAGCUCCACCGCUUUCUCUUAACUAACUUCUGAGCCAUUGUUCCCAUCUGGGUGAUGCUGCCUAGUUUAAGUGCCCCCUGUUUGUUUUUUAACCACUGCAUAACUUGACACUUGUUAAUCCAGUCACUUCAGCGUAUCGAAGGCAAGCAGUCAGCUUCCAGACAAGGCAAUGUGACUGUUAAGACUUGCACAGUAUGGAGGACCCCCAGGAGUAUACUCGUGGACCUCUAAAAACCCUGUGCAUAUUCUCUGCUUACACCUGCCCACUCAGUGAUACAGGUCCUCCACCCUUAUGGACAGCCCAAGCUUAAAAGGAUGGGCGUAGGCUCAGACAGCGAAGGACCCCAUAUACUUAGUCCUUCCGUAGGGCCGCAUUGAAGGCCCAUCAGAAAUCUGUCUCUCCUUAGCAGUAGCAUGGUGUGGUUUGCUGGGAUGUGGAGCCCCACUCUAACCUGCCUAUCAGCUGUGGUUUAUCCAAAUGCCAAAGAUAAGGAGAGAGGAUUGACUUGGGGUUUUUUAAUUGUCAUGCAGAUAAUGACCACCAAUCUCUGCAGAAUGAGUUACUAAAGAUGAAGAGUGUCAAGAGCUUAUUGUCUCUAAGCAGUUUUAAGUGUGAAUGAGGUGUUUGGACACAUCUCUCCUACCCCCUAUGCAAUUGUAAUUCUCAGGUUGCAGAUCUGCAAUCCUAUAUCCCCAGAUAUUGUACUGGAAAUGGAGGUUACAGCAUCUACGGGGACAGAAGGGUGAGCUCUUCAGCUUCCUCUGGAGAAAAAGCAAGUUUUCUUAGAAAGUGGGAAUCACACCAGGAAUUUGAGCCUUCUCAUUUAGAAAGUUUGGGAGGAAAGCUGUGGGGGCAGGAAGGCAGUUCAGUAGAGACAGAACGUACCCAGUGAACUAACGUACGUCUUGUCGCAUGGUGGGAAGGAGCUGUAUAAACAGUAGAGGGUGUUGGAAUUUGGCUACAAUUUCCAACUCAGAUUUUAGUUACUGCUAAGUGAACACAGCUCCUAAUAGCUAUAUUCAGGGUUUAAUGCAUGUAUCCACCCGCAGAAGUUAUAGGCAUUGCUUUUAAUAGAAGCCACGUAGGAAGCAAGAGAGGACCAUUAAGUUGAAAAGGUGUGUCUCUCUGAUCACCAGGUCUUUGUUUAAAGACAUGACCUUGAUCCUGCCUGAUUUUAGCUAAGUUCUGUGACAAAACUUUCAUUCGACUUAAUUGGAAAGAGGUGGGAUCGGGCCAGGUACUGUAGCGGCAAAGACCAUGCUGACCUGAGGAGCGGAGCUCCUGGCAGUGAGAGUUCCAGCUGCCCCGUUGGGUUGUAGCACAGCUCUCCCACGGAUGGGGCACCCAGGCUGUCCCAUGGAGGAGCUUCCCAAGGUUGGUUCGGGCCUGCCUCUGAUGACCAACUCCUCUGCUCCAAAAACUAAGUGGCUGCUGGUGGUACCAUAAGGAGGUUUCUAGCAUGCCUCCAUGGGUUUCCUGUAAGCGUCCUCUCCCCCUUGGUGGCAUAUAGCCACCAUGAAGAACAAGCUCAAACCAAAAAGACAAUCCAAGCGUUUUAGCAAAAAAAAAAAAAAGAAAACACA